AUGUCGAAUCAAAAUCUAGUAGAUCUAAUAACUAUUAAUUCGCUUGCAGAAAAUAAUGGUGCUGAUAGCCAAUUCUAUCUUGGGGAAUACUUUUAUGAAGGAUGUGGAACUAAGAAAGAUAUUGUAAAUGCUAUCUACUGGUUAAAUAAAGCAAACGAAAAUGGGAAUUCAGAGGCCAACGAUUUUUAG